AUGGCCUUCUUUGAAGCUCUUCGUGACCGUGCGGUAAACACCAUAAACCAGGUUCUUGACAAUAAGAAAUCGGACCUUGGACUUUCCAAAGAUGAAAGGUUCUGUAGGGAAUAUAACUUGCCAGACGGAGAAGUAAUCUUAGAUGAGACUGCGGCGGAAAUUGGUAUAAAGCACGAGAGAGUGCAACCUCAAGCACAGAGCCAGUCUCAGUCUCAGGCACAUGGAAAUAACAGACCUCACCUGAACCUGCUGGCUAACCAAUUGGAUAUUCUUCCUCAAGGGCGUCUUUACUUGACUCCUCAUUUCCUUGUGUUCCGCGACGCAUUUGAUCGUAAGGCAUGCUCGUUCACUCUUCAUUUGUCCACUAUUAAGAAGGUUGAAAGGCUUCCGACACGUUCGUAUGUGUAUGCACUUUCUACAACAACCCAUUCUAGACUAAUAAUUACAUUUUACUUGGUCGGGGUCCGUCCAGAGAGUGAAAAAUUUGCUCACAACCUUAAGCUCUCCCUUAGAGCAAAUUUACCCAAUGUGAGCAAACUCCAACCAUUUAUUCAAACGCUAUACUCGGAAUACCUUCUUUCGAAGAACAAUGUUUCUUUGGAAAAGGUUGAAGAGGUGCCACCUGGUGGCUUAGGACUCAAAUUUAAAUUCCCUGGUAAUGCCAAGGACUCCAGGGAUAAGUCCAAAAUGAAGCUUUGGUUUGACUUACUAAGAACUGAUGGUAGAAACCUAUCGGUUAUUAAGACCCCAAUGUUUUAUAGACUUGUAAGAGUUGGUCUUCCAAAUCGAUUGAGGGGUGAAAUAUGGGAGCUUUGCUGUGGUUCCAUGUACUAUAGAUUAGACAACCCAGAUGAAUACUCAAAGAUAUUGCAGGUUAAUGAAGGGAAGCAAUCUUUGGCCAAAGAAGAGAUUGAGAAAGAUUUAAACAGAUCCUUACCUGAAUACGUGGCGUAUCAGCUGCCAGAAGGUAUUGAGAGACUAAGAAGAGUUCUUACAGCAUACUCUUGGAAAAAUCCUGACGUUGGAUACUGUCAAGCAAUGAAUAUAGUUGUAGCUGCAUUGUUGAUCUACAUGAGUGAAGAGCAAGCAUUUUGGUGUCUCAACGUACUUUGUGAUAGAAUUGUGCCAGGUUACUAUUCCAAGACUAUGUACGGAACUUUGCUUGACCAAAGAGUAUUUGAAAGUUUGGUUCAAGAGACUAUGCCAAUCUUAUGGGAACAUAUAACCAAAUAUGAUAUCCAAUUAUCUGUUGUAUCAUUACCUUGGUUCUUGUCAUUAUAUCUAAGCCUGAUGCCCUUGGUAUUCGCAUUCAGAAUAAUUGAUGUGUUUUUCCUACAAGGUCCCAAAACUUUAUUUCAGGUGGCCUUAGCCAUCAUCAAGUUGAACGGCGAAGAGCUUUUGAAAACCGAAGAUGAUGGAACCUUUAUCCAAAUUUUAAAGAAUUACUUUCAAACUUUAGAUCAAUCUGCUCACCCUAACUCUCCUAAUGAAAAAUACCGAGCCAUAACUAAAUUUCAAGAGCUUCUUGUGACUGCAUUCAAAGAGUUUUCAGUAAUUGAUGAGGAUGCCAUAAAUAAGCAUAGAGCAAAGCAUAGAGAUACCAUUUUCCAAAAUAUAUCCACGUUUGUUAAAAGAACAGAAUUGAGGAACUUACCAAAGACUGCCUUUACUCAAGAAGCAUUGCUGAUAAUAUAUGAUAGAUUCUAUUCAAUGGUAGAAUCUUACAACGUAACGAUGGCCAGUGGUUCUUCACUCAUGGAUUUCAAAGCGUUUACUAAAUUCAUGAGUGAGAUUUGUGACUGGUGUUAUGCAUAUGAAGAUGGCGACAGUGAAAAGGGUAGUGCGGGUGAAUUACUGAAUCCUAUCGAAACUUCUUUCCUCAAACGUCUCUUCAACCAUUGGGAUACAGAAGACCAGGGUGCCAUAACUUUAUCUGAUCUCGUUGUUGGACUUAACAGAUUGACUGCUCCUGAUUUAAUGGAAAACAUGGCAAAUUUCUUUGAACUUUAUGAUCAUAAAGGCAAUGGAAAGAUUGACAGAGAAGGAAUUUUGCAAAUGCUGGAAGACUUAUUAUACAUAACCACUCCAUGGAAAGAAGCGUCGUUACUAGAUCUGAUCACGGAAAGAGACAUUGAACAGGUCAUAGCAGAUCAAAUUGUCAAGCAAAAGAAACAGCAGGGUAGUGAUACAGAGGGUGAAAUAAUCGUGCCUUCUGAAAUAGAUAUAGAUGAUAACGAAAAGCAAAGGCUUAUAAAUCAACAGGUUGAAAGAUAUUUGUCUGGAGCUAGUACGUUCAUCCAAAGAGCUUUUGAAUAUGCACAACCCCAGGAGGAAGAAGUUCUUCUUGAGGAGUUAUCUAUUACUGACAACAAGAUAUCGCAUAAUGCUGCAUUGAAUCCCAAUGCACCAGUAUAUAUUAACUUGCCCACUUUCAGAAUGGUCGUUCUUGCAGAUGAAACUUAUGAAUUGCUAUUCAGUAAGACCUUUUCGUCUUCCAUCCACGUUGAUAAGCCACUAGAUCUGAAAUUUAAAACUAUCAGAAAUUUGAGAGACAUGUUUGAUGGCUUACUUGCUGACGGCCGUAAGGUUGCUACACAAGUUAGAAGAAGAAUGGACUCGGCAGCAUCUAAUGCUAAGCACAACAGUGGUAAUAAUUCUAGUCCCGAUAGCGCUUCCUUGAAAUCAGCAAAGAAGGAAGAAGAAGAAUACAGAGAUGAUGAUUUUGGCGUCAUUGCCAUAGACGAAAAGGAUAAAGAUCUCCUUUUGGGAGCUGAAGCUCAAGUAUUGACUGAUCCAGUGAGACAUAAGACUACUGGCUCUCUGAGUGAUAUAUCAAAAUUCCACAAGGCAGAAGCAGAAGCGGAAGCUGCCUCUCACUCCCCUCGUGAGACGAACUUAAUUGAGUUUGAGCACGAUUAA